ACGGCCGGGAAAGGGACCCCGCGGCCCGGCGGGGACGUCGCUGGGCGUCUCACCUUCCCCCUGCUGUCGGUCACUCUUCUGGUGUCCUUUGGCUCCUCCAUGCUCUAUGGCUACAACCUUGCCGUGGUGAACUCACCGGCAGUGCACAUAAAGGCUUUCUACAAUGCCACAUGGUCCCAGCGGUAUGGACAUGGGCUGGCCCCUGGCCCCCUGACCCUUCUCUACUCCCUGACUGUCUCCAUUUUUGCCCUGGGUGGGCUGGUGGGCUCUUUGCUGGUUGGGGUGCUGGUGGAGCGGUACGGCAGGAAUGGUGCUCUGAGCCGCAGUGCUCUCCUCGUCCUCUUGGCUGGUGGCUUCAUGGGCUUCAGCCGGGAGCUGAGGUCCCCCGAGAUGGUGAUCAUCGGUCGCUCCAUCACAGGACUCCACUCAGGUAUCUGUCUCAGCGUGGUGCCCCUCUACCUGGGAGAAAUUGCCCCCAAGAACCUGCGGGGUUUCCUGGGCCUUGUGCCCAGCAUCUUCAUCUGCCUGGGGGUUUUCUCUGCGCAGGUCCUGGGCCUCCCAGAGCUGCUGGGUGAGGACAGGUUCUGGCCCCUUUUCCUGUCAGUGGUGGUUGUUCCUGCCUCCCUCCAGCUCCUGCUGCUCCACUGUUUCCCCGAGAGCCCACGGUACCUGCUGAUAGAGAGAAAUGACAUCUGCAGGGCCACCAAGGCACUGCACCGGUUCCUGGGGACCCCUGAUGUGCAGGAUGUGAUCAAGGAGAUGAAGGAGGAGCAGCAGUCGCUCUCCUCCAUGGAGAUGGUCUCUGUGUGGCAGCUGCUGCGGGACCGCUCCGUCCGCUGGCAAACCCUCUCGGUGGUGGUGGUGAAUGCUGGCAUGCAGCUCUCGGGGAUUGAUGCCAUCUGGUUUUACACUAACAUCAUCUUCGAGAACGCUGGGAUCCCUGUGUCCCAGAUCCCCUACACUACCGUGGGCACUGGUGCAAUUGAAGUUGUUGCUGGGCUGAUUGGG